AUGGCCAAAAAAAGUGGCCGCCAUCCACCAUUAACGGAGACUUUGAAUUACGUGGCCAUCGUAGCCGCUCAAUUUUAUGUACCGAAUAAACCUGAGCUUAGAUACUCUGCACCAAAGAACGCAUCUGCUAAGGCCCCCAAUAUGCCACAGCCUACUAGGCGCCAGACCUCCAAACUGCAAGGACAUAGUAUUAGCUUGAGUCUGCGAAUCGAGUUGGUGGACAACAUGAACGACGACAGCUCCUUAGCACGGAGCGACGAGGCUCCACUUCCAGUCGAUGUGGACGCCACGAUCGAGCUCAAAGAGCGACUGCAGUCAGCAGAGAUGAACUGCUCCAGGCUAGAAGAGCUGUACCAGAAGUACAGACUUCAGUUGAUCGCAUGGGAUGCGCCCUCUCCUACUCCAAGUGAAUACGAUGGCGAAGUUGAGGACAAUACCUAG